AUGCAAGCCCAGCUAUGGACCCGUGGUAGGAAUGUGGACACCUCUGAGCAGAUUGGACAGGGGAUGCAGGAGAAAGGGUAUGACAUGGACCAGCAGCAGCGCUGCAUGAAAGCCAAGGAACUGCAGCAGGCAUAUCAGAAAGCCAGGGAGGCUGACAAUCGAUGCAGUGCCGAGCUGCUGACCUGCUGCUUUUACCAGAGCUGGAAGUCAUACUUGGCAGAGACCCCAUUGCUGUCCCACACACCACUGUGGAUACCUUGUCUGAAAUACCGGCUAGUGGGGUCCCAGGAGGAGCUGGCAUCAUGGGGACAUGAAUAUGUCAGACACCUGGCGGGCGAGGUUGCUAAGGAAUGGCAGGAGGUUGAUGAAGCUGACAAGGCCCAGAGGGAAAUGCUGCUGACCCUGGUGAAGGAGAUUGUCCCCUACAACAUGGCCCACAAUGCAGAGCACGAAGCCUGUGACCUACUGAUGGAGAUUGAGCAGAUGGACAUGCUAGAGAAAUAUAUUGACGACAACGCCUACUCCAAAGUCUGCCUCUACCUGACCAGCUGUGUGAGCUACGUCCCUGAACCCGAGAACUCAGCCCUCCUCCGCUGUGCCCUGGGAAUCUUCCGCAAGUUUAGCCGCUACCCUGAAGCCCUGCGCCUGGCCCUCAUGCUGAACGACAUGGAGCUGGUGGAGGACAUCUUCACCUCCUGCAAAGACGUGGUCAUCCAGAAGCAGAUGGCCUUCAUGCUGGGUCGCCACGGCGUCUUCCUGGAGCUAAACGAGGACGUGGAGGAGUACGAGGACCUUACCGAGAUCAUGUCCAACGUCCAGCUCAACAGCAACUUCCUGGCCUUGGCCAGAGAGCUGGACAUAAUGGAGCCCAAAGUGCCAGAUGACAUUUACAAAACACACCUGGAAAAUAACCGGUUUGGCGGCAGCGGCUCCCAGGUGGACUCUGCGCGGAUGAACCUGGCCUCGUCCUUCGUAAACGGUUUUGUGAAUGCAGCCUUCGGGCAGGACAAGCUGCUGACGGAUGAUGGCAAUAAGUGGCUGUACAAAAACAAGGAUCACGGUAUGCUGAGCGCUGCAGCCUCGCUGGGGAUGAUCCUGCUAUGGGACGUGGAUGGGGGGCUGACGCAGAUCGACAAGUACCUGUACUCCUCCGAGGACUACAUUAAGUCGGGAGCCCUGCUUGCUUGUGGCAUUGUGAACUCGGGGGUGAGGAACGAGUGCGACCCUGCCCUCGCGCUGCUGUCCGACUACGUCCUCCACAACAGCAACACCAUGAGGAUCGGCGCCAUCUUUGGGCUGGGGCUGGCCUACGCUGGGUCCAACCGGGAAGACGUUUUGACUCUGCUGCUCCCCGUGAUGGGAGACUCCAAGUCUAGCAUGGAGGUGGCCGGCGUGACGGCCCUGGCCUGUGGCAUGAUAGCUGUGGGCUCGUGCAAUGGGGACGUCACCUCCACCAUCCUCCAGACCAUCAUGGAGAAAUCGGAGACUGAGCUGAAGGACACCUACGCCAGGUGGCUGCCGCUCGGCCUGGGCCUUAACCACCUAGGGAAGGGGGAGGCCAUCGAGGCUAUCCUGGCGGCAUUGGAGGUGGUGUCGGAGCCCUUCCGCAGCUUUGCCAACACGUUGGUCGAUAUCUGCGCCUACGCGGGCUCAGGGAACGUGCUGAAGGUGCAGCAGCUGCUCCACAUCUGCAGCGAGCACUUUGACACCAAGGAGAAGGAGGAGGACAAGGAGAAGAAGGACAAGAAGGAAAAGGACAAGAAGGAGAGCUCGGCUGACAUGGGCGCCCACCAGGGCGUGGCAGUGCUGGGGAUCGCGCUCAUUGCCAUGGGGGAGGAGAUCGGCGCUGAGAUGGCUCUGCGCACGUUCGGCCACCUGCUGAGGUAUGGGGAGCCCACCCUGCGCCGAGCCGUGCCCCUCGCCCUGGCGCUCAUCUCCGUCUCCAACCCGCGCCUCAACAUCCUCGACACCCUCAGCAAGUUCUCCCACGAUGCUGACCCCGAGGUCUCCUACAACUCCAUCUUUGCCAUGGGCAUGGUGGGCAGCGGCACCAACAAUGCCCGGCUGGCCGCGAUGCUGAGGCAGCUGGCCCAGUACCACGCCAAAGACCCAAACAACCUCUUCAUGGUGCGGCUGGCCCAGGGACUGACCCACCUUGGGAAGGGGACACUCACCCUGUGUCCCUACCACAGCGACCGGCAGCUGAUGAGCCAGGUGGCUGUCGCGGGGCUGCUGACCGUCCUAGUGUCCUUCCUGGAUGUGCGCAACAUCAUCCUGGGCAAAUCCCACUACGUUCUGUACGGGCUGGUGGCUGCCAUGCAGCCACGCAUGCUGGUGACCUUUGACGAGGAGCUGCGGCCUCUGGCGGUGUCGGUCAGGGUGGGGCAGGCUGUAGACGUGGUGGGCCAGGCGGGCAAACCGAAGACAAUCACUGGCUUCCAGACGCACACAACGCCAGUGCUGCUGGCGCACGGCGAGCGGGCAGAGCUGGCCACAGAGGAACAUCUGCCAGUCACCCCCAUCCUUGAGGGUUUCGUCAUCCUGCGCAAAAACCCCAACUAUGAUGUCUGAGCUGACAUGGGGCAGGAUCGGGGGGAGACUGGGCAGUGCCUGGAGGGGGCAGGCACUGGGCAUCACACUGGGGGAGAGGGGCCCAACUCCCACUUGGUGGUUUUGUUACUGAAAUUGCUGAUUUAAAAAAUAAACUUGAGAGACACUG